AUGAACACUAAAAUUGUCUCUCGAGCAUUGUGCCUCGAGUUGCGAACGUACUCCCUCAAGCCCGAAGCCUUUCCAAAGUACCUAGCAUUGACGAACGAAAAAUUUCACCUGAGAACGGCACAUUCAAAAUUGAAUGGAUUCUGGCUUCAUGAGCUCGGCGGCCUUAACUCGGUUACGCAUUUAUGGGAAUACGAUUCACUGGAGCACCGUGCGCAGGUGCGCGAUUCACUCAGUGUCGAUAAAAGUUGGAUCUCUGAGUAUGUCGUGAGUCUUCUUCCCAUGCUGGCUGAACAAGUCAACUCAGUUGUCUACGAGCCCGAGUGGGCGCUUCCACUCAAGUCAAAUACCAGAAAAGGUCCAUUCAUGAUGGAACGUAUCACCCUCGCUGGGGAAGCCCGUGACAACGAAGAACUAGUCAAGGCGCUUGUCGUCGAAAAGCUUGACGCUUACAACCUGACGAACGUGCUCUUCACGGAUGUUGGACCAAACAACCAAGUAACGCUUAUCUGGCGUGGCAAUGAGCUGUCCGACUUCUGCGGCUGGCAUCGACAAGCCUCUAACAAACAAGGAAUUGUCCAGAGAGAGACAAUCGUGAUGAAAGGAGCCCCCUGGUGCCCCACCAACAAUUAA